AUGAUCUAUGUUCCUGACGACGCAUCGCUUGGGUCCGGCAAGCAUUCUGAGCGCAUAAUCAUCAUGUUCGCACACAUCGGCUUGACCGCAGCCCUUCUAUGGAGCGUGGCUCAUGGCCUUCCCACCAAUGACCUCCCACUAUCAUCCUCUGUGGUCACGUCUCGAAUCAGCCCUUCCACGAGGCAAGCCCCCAAAUACUGGACCCCACCCAUGAAGUCCAACAUCCAGUUUAUCCUCACCGGCAUUCCCGACGUGGACGACAACUACAUCCGACCCAACACCGGCAUCUACGAGAUCGACAUGUUUUGGACGCCCGCGGAGACCAUCUCGAAGAUGAAAGAGCUAGGACAGCGCACAAUAUGCUACUUCAGUGCCGCGACAGCAGAAUCGUGGCGAUCAGACUACAAAGACUUCGACAAGAAUGACCUCGGCAAGGAACUGCCAGAUUGGCCGGGAGAAAGAUACCUAGACAUCAGACGGGACAACGUCCUCAAAGUGAUCAAAGCGAGAAUCGACCUCGCCGCAUCCAAGGGCUGCGAUGCCAUCGAACCGGACAACGUCGACGUCUACUCCAACGACAACGGCUUCUCUCCCACCAUCCUCCCCAGCGACACCGUCGCCUACCUCCACAAGAUCUCGGAAUACGCCCGCGCCAAAGGCAUGUCCGUCGGCAUAAAAAACUGCAUCGAGAUCCUAGGCGAAAUCUUCGACGACGUCGACUUCGCCAUCAGUGAAGAAUGCGUCCAAUACCUCAACUGCACCGUCUACUCCAACUUCACGACCGCCCCCCGCCCCAACACCAUCGCCAAGCCCGUUUUCGAGGUCGAAUACGUGAAUUACACAUACACAGGCGAAUGGUCGGAUGACGGCGUAGCACUAACCCCCUCUGCUAUGCGCACUAAGAAUGUAAACUUUCCAGGUCUGACGAACGAGAAGUUGAGGAGGAAGUUGUGUAAUUUGGAUGAGAAGGGGGUUACGCUGGAGAAGCCGUAUCUGGGGAUUAAUACGGUGAUUAAGACGCUCGCGUUGGAUGGGUUUGUGAUGUAUUGUGAUGGGAGUGUGGAGAAGACGAAUACGAAGGAUGUGGAGGGGCAGGCGGGGCCGAAGGCUGAGGGUUUGGGGUGGGGAUGA